CUAUCGUCUCGUGGAGGAGAAACGCUAAACGCUUUCAAGUAUAAAUAUUGUUUAAAGUAAAAAAUAAAAUGUCGAGUCCUAUGAGACCACCACCUACACCAACAAGAUCAGAAGGUAGAACUCCUCGUCGGUCUCAGAGAUCACCAAGUGUACCAAAAUCCCCAUCUGUAAAUGGGACUGCAAACGCAAAUAUUACACCUUCAAAGUCAGGUCCAAGCAAUGGAUCAGUGGACACUCCUCUCAGAUGGGGAGGACGUCAAGUCCCAGGAACGGUGGCAGAGUCGUCGGAAGGUCAAACCGUCCCAGCUUCUUCGCCAAAUCGACUUUUGCAAACGAGUCCAAUGGCCGCUGGGAUGAGCGAAAUUGAUCUUUCGUCUCCCUUGAAUUACGGAACUCCUAGUUCCCUGGGAUCCAUCAGAACACCUAGAAGUGGAAUCCGAGGAACUCCGAUCAGACAGAGACCGGAUAUCAGAGUCGACAAGCGCCUCAGACAAGUGAACGUUGCAGAUCCAGUGCCCGAAGAGGCGGUUCCAGGAACAUCCGAGAGCGAAAAUGCAGGCCCAAAUCUGGUAAUAUGGGGAACCAAUGUCGCGGUGCAUCGCGUCAAGGAUCAAUUCAAGCGCUUUGUGUCUCGUUUCAUCGACCCGGAGGCGGAAAAUGACGAAUUGCCCGAAAACAUGGACUUGACAGAGCCACUUUAUUUACAAAAAUUGAAUGAAAUUCACACCUUGGAGGAGCCUUACUUGAACGUGAACUGCACUCACAUCCAGCAAUUCGAUCAGCAAUUGUACAACAAUCUCAUAUGUUAUCCACAGGAAGUAAUCCCGGCAUUGGAUUUCGCAGUUAAUGAAAUGUUCUUUGAGAAAUACCCGGCCGCUGUUCUCGAUCAUCAGAUUCAAGUACGGCCUUUCAAUGUUGCCAAGACGACAAAUAUGCGACUCUUGAAUCCCGAGGAUAUAGAUCAGCUGAUUACCAUCACAGGAAUGGUUAUUCGUACCUCGAAUAUAAUUCCGGAGAUGCGAGAAGCUUUCUUCAAGUGCAUCAUUUGCUCGUUCACGACAAUGGUAGAACUUGAUAGCGGUCGAAUCCAAGAGCCCACUGUCUGCACCCACUGCAAUAAUAAUUUCUGCUUUUCUCUCAUUCACAAUCGCAGUCAGUUCUCUGACAAGCAAAUAAUCAAGCUUCAAGAAUCUCCGGACGAUAUGCCAGCCGGCCAGACUCCUCACACUGUCAGUCUUUUCGCUCACAAUGAUUUGGUGGAUGCCGUUUCUCCUGGAGACAGAGUCGCCAUUACGGGCAUAUAUCGUGCUGUUCCGAUGCAAGUUAUUCCGAGAGCGUCAAAUGUUCGCUCGGUUCUCAAAACGCACGUCGAUGUUGUUCAUUUCAGGAAGCAGGAUUCAAAGAGGUUGUACGAUCAAGAAGAAGGAAAAGAACACGCCUUUCCUGAAGAGAGAAUCAAACUACUAAAAAUGUUGGCCGUGAAAGAGGACAUUUAUGAACGACUCGCUCGAAACAUAGCUCCCAGUAUUUACGAAAACGAAGAUAUAAAGAAAGGAAUUCUGUUGCAAUUGUUCGGAGGCACCAAAAAAACUCACACUAUCUCGGGAAGAAGCCACUUCCGGUCAGAGAUCAAUAUUUUACUUUGUGGAGAUCCUGGAACCAGCAAAUCUCAAUUGUUACAGUUUGCUUUCAACUUGGUUCCUCGUUCUCAGUACAGCAGUGGCAAAGGAUCGAGUGCCGUUGGUCUGACAGCGUACGUAACGAAAGAUCCGGAGACUCGUCAGCUGAUUCUGCAAACCGGAGCCUUGGUCCUCGCCGAUAAUGGAAUUUGUUGUAUCGACGAAUUUGACAAAAUGAACGAGAGUACACGAUCCGUUUUGCAUGAAGUGAUGGAACAACAAACUUUGAGUAUUGCCAAAGCUGGCAUUAUUUGUCAGCUGAACGCCAGGACGAGUAUUCUUGCAGCUGCGAAUCCUUGCGAGUCUCAAUGGAACGCAAAGAAAACGGUCGUCGAAAACGUGAUGCUGCCCCAUACUUUGCUCUCUCGAUUCGAUUUGAUCUUCUUAAUGCUGGAUCCACAAAAUGAUUUGUUCGAUCGAAGACUUGGUAAACACAUGGUGUCACUGUAUUUCAAAGCUGAGCCCGAACAAGAGGAUGAGAUGAUUGAUAUGAGUGUUUUGCGAGACUACAUCGCUUAUGCUAAGGAGCACAUUCGCCCGACUCUUGGCGAGGAAGCCCAGCAGAGAUUAGUUCAGGCAUAUGUCGAUAUGCGAAGAGUUGGAAGUGGCAAAGGACAAAUCACAGCCUAUCCACGUCAACUUGAGUCGUUGAUUCGAAUCGCUGAAGCUCAUGCGAAAAUUCGUUUUAGCGAAACGGUGGAUAUUGCGGAUGUUGAGGAAGCCUGGAGGCUACAUCGUGAAGCCCUGAAGCAAUCGGCCAUCGAUCCAGCCACUGGAAAGAUCGAUGUGGGUAUUUUGACGACAGGAAUUUCAGAAGGUGCAAGAAGACGCCAGGUUGCAUUAACGGAGGCUUUGAAGAAAAGGAUUAAGGAGAAGAAGGUUGCAACCAUGAACUAUCAGAAACUAUUGACUGAAAUUAAGGAAUCUUCGGACACUCUCGUAACUCGAGACAUGUUUGAAGAUUCGCUCAGAAAUUUGCAGGAAGAGGGACUGAUACAUGUUGUUGGUAAGAACACUAUCAGUAUUUUGAGACACACCGACUAAACACGUAAAAUCUUCUUGCGUGAGCAAUUUGUUUUACUAUUUAC